UGGUGGCCCUGGGAGGCUGUUGAGGGAUGCAGAAGCACUGCGCACGUGUGGAGCACUGGGUGAGUGCUGGGCUCCCAGCUCAAGGCAGACUGUCCUGUGCCAGCGCUGCAGGGAAGCUGCUCUGGGGGCAGGUUGUACUGCGGGCAUCUCCAGAGCUCCCUUCCAGCCCCUGUGCUUUGUGACAGGCGGAUGUGUGAAGGGAAGCAGCCAGCAGUGGGAGUUUGGUGGCUUUCAGAGUCCAAGCACCGCAGCCCUGCGAUGCCACUGGGAGUUUGAGUGCCAUCAGCCACGUCCCUGCCUUCGUCUCCAUUCCCUGCAAUGGGAGCUGAGUCGGGUGCACCCGCAGGGAUGGGGCGCCCACGGCCACUGUGGGCAGCAGUGCCAGGGCCUCAGCUCCCCCUGGGAUGAACUUCCCUGACCUCGAAUCCCAAUCCCCCCCUUCACGUUAAAACCAUUCCCUUGGUCCCAUCACCACCCGGACACGAAAAAAGUUCUUUUCCAUCACGUUUAUCAUCUCCACUGAGACAACGGAAGGCCACAGCGAGCAGCCACAGCAAGUGCUGGGGACGGGGCAGGCGCAGAGCCGUGCUGUGACAGUGUCAUAGAGAGUUCUUGUGAGCUCAGGGAGAGGGGCUGACCUCAGCGGUGACGGAACCCCCCGCUGCCACUCUCGAGCUCCCUUGGCAGGUAAGGCAGCAGGCUGCUCUGCUCCCGGCACUGCGGCCCUCCGGCUGCUCCCAGUGCCCCACAUCUCACCCAGCGCCCAUUUGGGCAUUUCCCCACAGAGAGAAUCCCUUCACGGACGCUGACGGUGCUUGCGACACCCGACGCCGCUUUCUUUGGAUUGUUUGUGCCACCACCGGCCUGCUGCAAUGCAGCCCACCUUUGGCAACGCAGCAGUGCCGGUGACACUGCAACCCCUCUACGUCCCCGUUGUCACCCACGUGGUGCCUCAGGUCUGGCCUGGGGUGCCCCGUGUCUGGGGACAGGGAGCGCAGCUCCCACCCGGGGGGCCGCCUCCAUCUGUGCGUCAGCUCCCACCUUGGGGGCUGCACCCAGGGACGGCUCCCCCCGCGGCCCCUGCCCACCGCUGGGGACAUCCCCUGCAGGCAGGGACACCGCAGCCCCCGCAGCCGAUGGGGCUGUGGCCUGGGGCCGUGUUCCACGCGCAGCCCCCGCAGCCCGCAGGCGGCUGCCCGCUGCAGGACCCCCAUCGCCGCGUCCUUCCGCCGGCACCUCCAGCGCAGCAGCAGGGGCUCCCCGCGCCCUGCACCCUGCCCGCCAGCUGGCAGCAGGCGGCGGGGCCCUUUGCAGAUGCCGUGGUGCUCACGGAGGGCCAGGGGCACCCAGCACCCACCGACGCGUGCCCCCAACCCACCGCAGCUCCGCUCGGCUGCAGCAGCGCGGCGCUGGACUCAGGUGCGGCGACAGCGAGCGCAGACGUGGCGGAGGACGUUGCUGAUCUGCUCCCGUGGAUCAGCGGUGAGUCUGUGGUCUGCAGAGGGGGCGGGUGGGCGUCCACACCGAGGGGGGGUGGGAAAGCUGGCAUUGCCCCUGCGGGGAUCUUCUUGCUCUUUGCAGAACUGACAUCCAACGCAGGCAUCCUGGUCGACACCUCGGAGAUCGAUGAUGUGCUGGCGUGGCUCAGCAACGAAGGGACCCCCAGCUCAGCCGUUCCAGGGGACAAGGACAUCGACAGUCUGCUCACCUGGAUGGCUGGUGAGUGCAGGGGCCGCAGUGGCGGCGGGCGGAUGUCCGCCCCGAGUGGCUGUGGGAAGGCUGCCGUCAUCGUUUUGGGGGUUUUUGCUUUUCCAGAAGCGUCGAGUUGCCCGGAGGUCCCCCAGCCGCCACUGCCAGCCGUCCCCAGCAGCCUCAGCACCUCUCCUGCCGUCGGAGCGGCCCCCGACCUUCCCACGAGCGGCGGGCAGCUCGGCAGAGAGGCGCAGGCUGUCGCCGGGCCCCUCGGGGAGCCGUUCUCAGGGCAGCCGGCAUCCUCUGAGUCGCGGCUCCGCGGGCACCUGAUGGAGGAGGCGCGGCAGAGGCAGCCCCGGGUGCUUCUCAGCCGCCUUGCGCUGCCGACCCACCUGGACGCUCGCGUGCCUCCUUCGGCCCAGACCGCACGGCUGAUGGAGGAGGCGAAGCAGAGGCAGCCCCGGGUGCUUCUCAGCCGCCUGGCGCUGCCGACCCACCUGGAUGCUCGCGUGCCUCCUUCGGCCCAGACUGCACGGCUGAUGGAGGAGGCGAAGCAGAGGCAGCCCCGGGUGCUUCUCGCCCGCCUGGCGCUGCCGCCCGGCUGUACCUCCUUCCGCGUGCCGGACGGCCGCCGCCAGGGUGGCAUCGAGCCGGCCGAGUGCCCGGCGCCCGCCCGCAGCGCCAGGAAAGGCAGGAGCAGAGGGCGCGAGCAGCGCAAGGACAGCGUCCCGGCCGGGAAGAGGAAGCUGCCCCCGGGCCACGACGCUCCGCGGCACAAACGGCGGCGCUAGGCGAGGCCGGCCGGGCUCAGCCUCAGCGGGAGCGGCUGCGGAAAGCGGCCCGCAAAGAAGGCGCAGCUGAGGCGCGGCCACGGCCCGCAAAUGAGGCUCCCUGCAGCCCCGGGCUCCUCGCCGGCCCCUGCGGCACAGAGAGCAGCGGCGGUGCUGCAGGGGCACCGGCACCGGCCCCAGCGCUGCCCCUCCAAACCUGGGCUGUCCACCGACGUCAUCUCGGACUGCUCCAUUAUCUGACACGAUGUUCAAUUAGGUUACACUGCAUUAAAUUAUUAAAGGUUUUAUAU